CGCCACUGUCUACCGUUGACAACCACCUCUGCAACCCACGUCCAUUUGCGUCAAAUUCAAGCAGCACAAGUGACUAAGAAAGUGCAUCGGUCGGUUAGCUGCGCUUAUUUUCAAUCGAUAUUUGGAAUUCAAAGACAAAAUGGGUGAAAUUCCAACUCUAACACCGAUUUACACGUCGGAAAAACGUGGAAAUGAUGAUGUCGGCGAAGGAACAGCAAAAGUCCCCUUCAAAACAGUCAUCCGAGCCAUGCAUUUCGCGCAGAAGGAGCCCUUCCCCGAAAUUUACGUGGACGAUGAGAAUGACGAAACCGGAAUGAAGUACAUGCUCGCCCCCAAGUCACGAAUAAAGAAAAUGCAAAAGAUUUGGUCGCAAGAGGUUAUGAAGGCGGCGAAAAAGAGCCAGAAAGAGGCAGAGGAUGCAAAGAAGCGCGACGACAACUUGGAAGAAGCAAAGAAAAUCAAAAUCGAGGAGGACCCCUCAUGGGAACCAGCUAAAAGGAUAAAAAUUCAACAAGGGGAACAGUACCGCGAUACUCGAGUGAAAAUCUCCGGAUGGGUCCAUAGAAUGCGCCGCCAGGGCAAAAAUCUCAUGUUCAUAACGUUACGGGACGGCACCGGGUUCCUGCAAUGCGUGCUUGCCGACAAGUUAUGCCAGACGUACGAGUCCUUGAUCCUGACAACUGAGUCGUCGGUGGUUUUCUCGGGAACGCUAAAAGUCGUUCCGGAAGGCAAAACGGCGCCCGGCGGGCAUGAGUUGAACGUGGACUAUUGGCAACUGAUUGGACUCGCACCUCCCGGCGGGGCUGACAACAUCCUCAACGAAUUCGCCCAACCUGACGUGCAAUUGGACAACAGGCAUAUCAUGAUUCGGGGGGAGAACACUUCGAAAAUAUUGAAAAUGCGGUCGGUGUUGUUGCAAGCGUUUCGGGAUCACUAUCUGGAUCGGGGCUAUAAUGAGGUGACGCCUCCUACGUUGGUACAGACCCAGGUGGAGGGUGGAUCGACAUUGUUUAAGUUGCAGUACUUUGGGGAGGAAGCUUAUCUAACACAGAGCUCUCAGUUGUACUUAGAAACAUGCUUGCCAGCACUAGGAGAUGUUUUCUGCAUAGCGCAAAGCUACAGAGCGGAACAGAGUCGAACUCGCCGCCAUUUGGCAGAAUACACGCACGUCGAAGCUGAAUGUCCUUUCAUCACGUUCAAUGACUUGUUAGAUCGCCUCGAAGAUCUCGUUUGUGAUGUAGUUGAUCGAGUGCUUAAGUCUCCAUACGGUUACAUUGUCAACGAAUUGAAUCCUAAAUUCACGCCACCAAAACGUCCAUUCCGUCGUAUGGACUACGGGGAUGCCAUCAAAUGGCUUAAAGAAAACAACGUGACAAAGGACGAUGGAACGUUUUAUGAAUUCGGAGAGGACAUUCCCGAAGCACCGGAAAGGAAAAUGACAGACACCAUCAAUGAACCCAUCAUGCUGUGCCGCUUCCCAGCCGGAAUCAAAUCGUUUUACAUGUCCAAGUGUCCUGAAGAUCGUGAGCUGACUGAGAGUGUUGACGUACUGUUACCAAAUGUUGGAGAAAUUGUCGGCGGGUCGAUGAGGAUUUACGACUCGGAUGAGUUGUUGAAAGGUUAUGCCCGCGAAGGAAUCGAUCCUACACCUUAUUACUGGUACACAGAGCAACGUGUUUAUGGUACACAACCCCACGGUGGUUAUGGAUUGGGCUUGGAAAGGUUCCUGUGUUGGCUUCUGGAUAGAUACCAUAUUCGUGAAGUUUGUUUGUAUCCUCGGUUUAUGGGCAGGUGCAAGCCUUAAGCGAGUCCAGUAAUUUGGAAAGCUUUAUGUUAUCCUUUGCUACAGCAAUUCUUGCAGAGGAGAUUAUAUAACCAAGCAAAGAUUAUCGUUUCAAAAUUGCAUUUCAACCUGACCUAGUAAUUGGUCUUGGCAUUUUUUACUAUUUAUUUGAAACAAUGCCGUACAGGCAUUGGUAAGACAUUUCAAUAAUAAACGAAAUUAUACCGCAAUGUUA